UAAAAAAAUCGAUGCAUGAAGAACAGUACCAUACAAUUGAUGUUCAAAAAAGAAAAUGAAAAAUCGGUUGAUGACUGAUCGAAAUUUCAGAUUCAAAGUGCAAAAAGAAAGAAGAAAUACGAUGAAAGGAGAAAAUGAAAGAAAGAAGAACCAAUUGACGAGGAAAGGAGAACUAGUCACGCGACGUAACAUGGUUUAGUUCGAACAGGAGGCAGGACCCACUAGUAAUUAUAAUUAUCUUCGUGAUGUUCUUGGAAUGCUUUGCUUCAAAUCCUCCUCGAGCUUACCAAGAAAUAAGAGAGAGACAAUAUGAAACACCAUAGAAUGAGACAAAACAAUAAGAUGAAAAGUGGAUCAACGAAGAAAGAAGAUGAGAAAUCAGAAAAAGAGGGGGAUGCAGAGGGCAUCGGGCCGAGGAUGAAAGUAACAUAUAUAUAGAGAGGAAGAAAGAAUUCAGAUCGCAGAAGAAUAGUCGCAGUUCUUAGUCCCAGACAAUUGUGAAUGAGAUCUAAGCAAACGUACAUUUACAUUUAAUAUAAUAACUUAAUAAUUGUUUAAUAUUGAAAAGAAAUGAAAAAAUAUAUUCUAUUGUUAUUUUCUAUUCAUUUCACUUUUGCUUCGAUCGGCAAAUAUCAUAGGGAUAAUGGAUUUUUGAGUCAUGUGCAAUUAGUACAUGAAUUUCGAUGUUCCAUGCCUCAACCAAGAGCUGUACCAGUUGCAGAACUUCUUACUGUUGGUCCUAAUUCUGACGAAGUUUUUUAUCCUGCUUCUACUGUUCUAAAACGUUGUGAUGGAGCCGGAUGUUGUUCGGAUUAUAAACAAAUUUGUGCACCUGUUGAAACUAGAAAUGUUAGUCUUGUUUUUAUGGUGAAACACAUGAUUGAUCGACAACGUGAUAGGCAUCACGAAGUGAUACAUGCUUUAGAACAUACAAAAUGUGGAUGUAUCAACAAAAAAAUUAUAAAAUUUGAUUAAUUCUUUCUGAAAUUUUUCUUAAAGUAAUGAUGAAAAAUUUUUGUUAUUAUUAAUAUUAUAAAUAGUUAUUUAGUUUUUUGCUAAAGAAGUUUAAAUAUAGCAAAAUAAUGUUUAUUACAUUAAAUAGAAUUAAAUAAUACAAUUAAUUAAUAUUAAUAUAGAAUUAUGAGUUCCUCGAUUAAAUUUCUUUAUAAGAUUUUUGACUGUGAUAUUUUUAAUAAUAAUAAACAUUCUAUGUUUUUUUAUAAUAUAUUAAUAAAUAUUUUUUAAUUCUUAUUUUUAAUAUAAUUUCUUAUUUUUAAACAUUUUAUUUCUACAAUAUUUUGUUUUAUGUUUUGUUCAAAAACUUACAAAAAACGUCUCAUCAACUUUUUUAGUUAGUCAAAUAAUCUAAUUUUACUUACUUCUUAUAAUUAGUCUUUUAUAUCGAAAUAUUGUUUUGCGACCAAUACGUCACGUUUUAUACUUUCAUUAUCCGGUGUUAAUUUCAAAGCAGCUUCUAGUUCAGGAAUACCAUGCUGAGGAGCUGAUAAUUUACAAAAUGCUGCACCUCGUCGAGCGUGACAUCUGGCCCUUGAUUCUUGAUUGCUUUCACAUUUUGGUUCCAUUAAUUCUAAUGCCUGAAAAAUAAAAUGAAGAUUAAAAUAUUCUUAUUUAUACAUAUAUAAUUCUUAUUUAUACAUAUAAGUUGAAUAAAUUACAAUUUUCAUGACUUACUUUAGAACAAUCUUCUAUACAUCUACGAUAAUUGCCUAAUGCAUAUUGUGCUGCUGAUCUAUUUACAUAGAGAGAUGCCAUUUUAUCACUAAUCUUAAUUCCAUACGUAUAAGCACUUAUAGCAGCUAAAUAAUUUCCAACUUUGAAAAAUUCACUAAAAAAA